AUGGGCAUUUCUGAUUUCUUCCACGCUGUUUUGAACCACCUCCUCUCUUGGAUCCAUCUCGCUGAAAACCGAGAGUAUGGCUGGAAAACCGUUGAUCGCACGACCGGGCGGCUCACGCGCGAGCAACAGCCCCUCCUGAAGAAGUUAAAAUUGCUUCUACUGUUUAACCCGGUGACAGAAUGGCUGGACACAACGCACCUCAUGCGACGGUACAUACACAACAAGUCAGUGAGAGAAGGCAGAACUGAAGUCACACUUGCUUCGCGGAAUAAGAUCCAGCGCUUCGUCGGGACCUACAACAUCAGCAUGGACGACUUCACUCCGUCUGACAUCUCUCAGUACUCUACUUUUGAGGACUUCUUUAUCAGACACCACGCUCCAGGCUCUCGGCCAAUAUACAAGCCAGACGAACCUUCGUCAGCUGUGGUGGUAGCGGAUAGCCGCGUUGUGGUUUACGAGACAGUCUCGGAGACAAAGCAGCUCUGGAUCAAAGGACACAAUUUUAGUAUUGCCAGCCUGGUGAUGGAUACUGCUCUCGGUUCGCAGUUCCGAGAUGGCGCCAUUGCGUCUUUUCGCCUCUCCCCGCAGGAUUAUCAUCGGUAUCAUUCACCGGUCACUGGGAGGAUAAAAUUGUUCCGCAGUGUCCCGGGGGACUAUUACCAGGUCGACCCUGUCGCACUGAACAGUGAUGUGGACAUACUCACACGCAACGCGAGAGGCUAUCUUGUCAUCGAAACCGAAUCUUUUCACGACGUCUUGUUUGUUGCGAUUGGGGCCACCAACGUGGGAACUGUCGACUUUCAAAAGAAAUGGCAGGAGCCUGGAGCAGAAGUAAAAAAGGGAGAUGAGCUCGGCCUCUUCCAGUUUGGCGGCUCGUCAAUCAUUGUGGCUUUCCAGAAGGGACGUGUGGAGUUUGACGAAGACCUUGGGGAUCUCAGUCGGCAGCGAAUCCAGGUAUCGGUCCACGUGGGUAUGAGUUUGGGCUCGGCCAAACCAUAG